AUGUAUCGCCAAAUACGCGUGUAUGUUGUCGAAACUGUAGUGAAAGAGGGCACAGCACCAGAGAGUGAAGAGGAGAGAGAGUUCUCCCACUUAUCUUACACUUCUCUAGUUGCAGCACUACUUUCAACGAUUUUCUUUCCCCACAAGACGAACGACAAAACUCAACUCUUUAUCUUUCUCUUGUUUUUUACCCUCCUCAUUUUUACCAUUUGUAACUUUCCACUUCAUUUCAUUAUUCAUAACAUAUAUAUAUAUAUAUAUAUAUAUAUACUCUUAAUAUUUCCCCUCUAUAUGGGGGAAAAAAAGAGCCAACAUAACCCCCCGUAUGUGUUUCUGUCGUUCCUCAAGUCCCUCCCCACCCAUAUAAAAGUUCGCAUACUAAACUGCCAAACACACUACAAAACGCCAACAAACUGA